AUGCCGGCAAAGCACCAAACAGAAGAAGACCAAUUGUCGAAACAGGAUCCAACGGAGCGGCGGAGGUUGCAGAACCGUCUGUCGCAGCGGAACCACCGCCGAAAGAUCCGCGACCGCAUCGCUAAGCUCCAAGAGCGAGUCAUUGCCAGCGAGCUUCGUGCUGCCGCAACCCUGCACGGCUGGCACUCUACCCCUUGUAUCCCGUAUGAAGUCAAGCCAUCGCCCUCGUCUACCUCGUCAGCUUCCUCGUCGCUAUCACUGCCGCUAUGUUCCUCCUCCACUCCCACAGAGCUUCAGCGGCAGGCUUCGUGUAAUCUUAACCUAAACACAACCACCCAGAUGCCGUUUCACUCCACGGCCCGCUACGAGGAUGCAUCGGGGGGCGUCGGUUCGAUGACAACAAACGCAAGCGGCACGUCUAGUCCCACCGACCUUGUCGCUUCCGAUACGGUUGGAACCGGUGGAAUAUUAGGAACCGGAGCGGGAAUUGGGACUGGCCCUGAAUCCGGGCAAGCGUUUGGCCUUGGUCUUAAUACAAUGCAGUUGUGUGAACGGUGGGGGUUUCAGGGGUCAGUUUAUCUGACGACUGGUACUGUCCCCUCCUUUUCCGCGUCGAGCCUGACGCUAACGUGCGCAGAGACAUCCCUUCCACAGGUCAUGCAAACGCUUGGCCCAUCCUCUAACGCUAUCAUCCUGGUCCCAACUCCAGGGUAUCCCGCGGGUAGUGGGGGAAGUACGCUGGAGUAUGCGCAGGCCCAGGGUCUGGAUAUAGAUGGAUGCCAGUGCCAGACUAUGGGAUGGAUGAGCUGCCCGUUACACUCUAUGGGUUAG